AUCCUCCCACCAGCCGCCGCCAGCACCGCUCCUCCUCCGUUUCCAUCUCAGUCAGCUCCAAGCCGUCAACCAUGUCCGGCCGUGGCAAGGGCGGGAAGGGGCUGGGCAAGGGCGGCGCCAAGCGUCAUCGGAAGGUGCUGCGCGACAACAUCCAGGGCAUCACCAAGCCGGCCAUCCGUCGUCUGGCGCGGCGGGGCGGCGUGAAGCGCAUCUCGGGGCUCAUCUACGAGGAGACCCGCGGCGUGCUCAAGAUCUUCCUGGAGAACGUCAUCCGCGACGCCGUCACCUACACCGAGCACGCCCGCCGCAAGACCGUCACCGCCAUGGACGUCGUCUACGCGCUCAAGCGCCAGGGCCGCACCCUCUACGGAUUCGGCGGCUAGGCCCCGUGCUCCGU